GAUGAAUCAGUUCAUAAAAGGGUACGUGGGAAAUCAUCAAAUGGCUUCUAUUUCCGCCUUCAAAGGUGGUUUCGCGAAGCUAGUUCUUGUUCAUCACCUGUUGCUUCCAUGGGUGCUGGUUCUAGCAGAAGGAAGAGACAGUCAUCGUCAUAGUACUACCAUCGCCGAUCCCACGAAAGGGUUCGUCGCUCUUCCACUUACAGUAUCCCACAUGGAGGUUCAGUGGCCGUACGAUCUGCGCGAGGAGGAACGUUACAGCUACCGCAAUGGCGUUCACACGCUCGAGGUCUACUCGACGGACAAGCCGCACACCAGGGACAGCCACACCAAGCCACGCACCGAAGUUCGCAUAACGGGAUACGAUUAUUCGUCGGGAGUGUGGCAGUUCGAAGGGCAGGGGUACGUGCCCCGCGGCACGUCCGGUGUGUGCGUAAUGCAGGUGUUUGGAGCGGGUACCGGCGGCCACGCGUCGACGGUGGCCAUUCGAGUUUACGACGGUGCUCUGGCUGCUUAUAGAUCCACUAUUGUUCCCGACAUCUACGACAGAUGGUUUAGGUUGAACGUGAUUCACGACGUCGAGGCUAGAGAAGUUGUUGUUUAUGUUGAUAGGGUUCUUGUUUAUCAAGGAGGGGAUCAUGGCGGGAGCUCUCAUUACUUCAAGUUCGGAGUCUAUGCUCAGGAUGGUGCCUCCGAUUACAUGGAGUCGCGUUGGAAGGGAAUCAAGAUAUUCAACAAGAAGUAAGAACUAAGGAGAAGUAAUGGAAUUUUGUGUUUUAAUAAGUGGGCAGAUGGAGA